AUGAAGGGUUUACUUCUUGCCGCCGCGUCAUUGCUGCUUAGUACUAUCAAUGCACAUCCCUCCAAGCCUGCCACCGGGCCAUUCUUAACGCAAGUCGACAACACAACAUGGGUCCUUGGAAAUGAAAUCUGGAAUGUUACUCAGCAGCAGAUCUAUGGAGUCAAACUGAUGUACAAGGAAAAGGACUGCGUUGGGGAGGCUGUUGGUCACUAUGUAAGCUACAACGGCGCAGCGUCUAACUUGCAGUGGACCACGGCUUCUAUCACCAAACGAGGUACUUACAAAGGCAAGACAUAUAUCGAUGUCUCGUUCACUGCCGCGGAGGGAGACAUGCAUUGGGUCAUUUUCUCUGGCCUGUCCGGUGCCUAUCAAUAUUUUGUGAAUCACGCGCUGCCCACUCUUGGUGAAUUUCGCACACUCUGGCGGCUGGAUAAUACGACAUUCGUUAUGGGGAGAACGAACAUCAAAGACGAAGAACUGCCACCUUUGAGCGAAUAUCUGCCCCAGAACAAGAUUCAGGACGAGACGUGGCUGAAGCCCGAUGGAAGUGGUUAUAUCACUAAGUAUGACUUUACUGCCUGGUCCAGGAACCAGGAUUACUUUGGUGUAUAUGGCGACGGAUUUGGGAGCUGGUACAUCAACGCUGGAAAGGACUAUUACAAUGGUGACCACCUUAAGCAGGAGCUUAUGGUCCACCGAGAAUCAUCUACCGGAGAUGCCGUGCAGCUGAACAUGAUUCACGGCACUCACUUCAUGGCCUCUUCCUCCGACGUAUUCCCAGAUGGCAAGAUGUGGGGACCUUGGCUUUGGUAUCUCAAUGAAGGCGACAAGCAGGAUGCAGCCAAGCGAGCCGCAGAAGAAUUCAGCGCUUGGCCAUACACCUGGCUGGAUGACGAAGACUAUCAUAGCCGCGGCGUUGUGCAAGGCAAAUUAAUGCUUUCUGACGGACGCCCUGCCAGCAAUGCCGCCGUCUUUCUAGGCGACAACAACCCGAACAAAACGUCCUUGGAUAUGGGCUCAACAUACUACUACACCGCAUACGCGGAUAAGAACGGCAACUUCAAAUUCUCCAACGUCCGCGCUGCUACAUACGGUCUACAGGCCUGGUCCAACGGAAGUUCUAUCGCAGAUGUGACCACUUCAUUUCUUCAAAAUGAUGUUAUUGUGAAGAAGUCAGCGAAGACACACCUCGGCAGCCUCACCUGGGAAGUGUCAUCGAGAGAGAAACUUUUCCAGAUCGGUGACUUUGAUCGCAAAAGUUAUGGCUUCUUGCACGGCGGAGCACCUCACCAGCACGCCCUUGUUGCUUCCUGUCCGGCCAAUUUAACAUAUACCAUCGGCGUAUCGGAGCCGAACGACUGGUGUUUUGGACAGACAUACAAGGGCAACUGGACAGUGCGAUUCAAGGCGCCGGCUGCUAACGAGGCUGCAGCUCCCAAUCUGAUCGUUUCACUGGCUGGAUACUCCUCAGGAGCUAGCAAUGAUAUCUUCGCCAAUGGAGUUCAAAUUGGCAAUAUGACUAGCGGUUCCUCGUUGCUGCCCUCCGACCCAUGCUUGUAUCGCUCUGCAACGGGUGCGGGGGAGUGGCAUUUGUUUGAGUACUCGUUUGACAAGGAAUUGCUGAAGGAGGGUUGGAAUGAGAUUACUUUCAACAUGGUAAGGAACACUACUUGGCACGGGUUUAUGUGGGAUAGUGUUGUCCUGGAGUGGUGA